AUGGCUACGAGUUCGAAGUGUUCCGUCAUGCUGACAAUUUGCAAGCUGUUAGCUUUAUCAAUGAUUGGCUACCUUGCUGGCAAUAGGGCGAAUGCUUUACACGUGGAAUAUUCCACGUCCCGCAAUCACCACAAUGUCGCGCCCACGGUGUCGUUCGACACACCCGGAUCUUAUCUGACGUUCGGAUCGAAAUCAUCUCUCAAGAAAACUCUCCCUAGCAUUCCUAAGGUUUCUCAUGAUGUACCUAUCAGUGUGCUUCCCAAAUCGGCCCAGGUCGAUGUCAAGAAACUUAUUGAUUACUACAAUGGUCUGGGCAACGGAGGACAACGGGCAUUAACUGCCAAGUGCCAUGAGUGGGAACCAUUGACCAAUUGUUCGAAGAAACAAUACCUCCAAUGUGUGAGCCCCAACGAUCCAAGCAUCAUUAAGCUAUGCUUUAAUGACGCAUGUGGCACGUGGUCUCCCUGGACUGUAUGCAACAACAAUGUACAGUACAGAUUCCGCCCAGAAUGUGCCGGUGAGAAUAUCGAAUACAGAGAAUGCACAACCAAGAACUGGAUUUACGUGAAGGAGGAAGAGAAGCGCAGGGAAGAAGAGGACAGAAAGCGUCGUGAAGAAGAAGAGAGGGAACGACAGGAGGCUGAAAGGAAGCGCCGCGAAGAGGAGGAGGCUGAACAAAGACGUCUGGCUGAGGAAGAGAAGCGCAAGGAAGAAGAGGAGAGAAAGCGUCGUGAAGAAGAAGAGAGGGAACGACAGGAGGCUGAAAGGAAGCGCCGCGAAGAAGAGGAGGCUGAACAAAGACGUCUGGCUGAGGAAGAGAAGCGCAGGGAAGAAGAGGAGAGAAAGCGUCGUGAAGAAGAAGAGAGGGAACGGCAGGAGGCUGAAAGGAAGCGCUUAGAAGAGGAGGCCGAGCAUAACAAGGCCAAUGACGUUGUCGAGGCUGUUGAGAGCGCUUCGACGGUCCUGCCUUCCGAUGAAGAAUCGUUUGAUUCAGAAACUCCGGAUGAUGACCAUGAAGAAACAUACAAAAAUAAAGAGGAGCAAAGUUCACAAUCUUCAGCAAAAUCCUUGGCUAAGCAGGCUUCCGUGGGUCUUGCAGCUGUAGUUUCUGCAGUUGUUGGCUCAUAUGUCUAUUGCAAAGGCCCUUCAGCUGCGUCAAGUUUGGUAAAUGGAGUUGAGGAUCAGGGUUUCGAUGAUGAAUCCUACGUUACUCACAAAGAUGAUGAUAUGGAGGCCAAAAUUCAACUUGAGGAAAACUUCUGGGCUGAGGGUGACUACAACUAA